UAACAAAACAAUAACAGACUGGCUAAUCUCCAGGGAUGCUACGUAAACCGAAAUUAGUUAGUACUAGGCAAUAAGUGACACCAUAGCAGAACCCGAAUCGACAAUUAAAUUCCGACUAAAAAAAAAAACGUUUUCAGAAGAAUCCCUCGGGAGCGUUUUGAGGAGGGCAUGUGGUGCUUAUAAAACGGCACGACGUGAUUUAAUUCGGUUACAGUCGAUGACCAUACACCACUUUGUUGUGAUAAUUCACAUCCGAUUUUUGUUCAUCUCGUACCGGUUUGUGCAUUUUGUUGUUGAUUGUGUUGGUGGUGGUACUAGAGUGAAGAUUUUUUACGAGGCCACCGAUAUGGCGUCCGAUAGUCUCGAGCUGACUUCCUUGUUGGACUUUUUACCAUUUGAGGAAGACACUUUGGACUGUUCAUUCGAAGGAUUUAAAAGUGACGCGGACAAUAAAAUUGACUAUACCGUUAUCAAUGGUGACGAUAAAUUUUUGGACAGUAUUAUUAAGAGUUUAUUGGACAAUAAUGAGCAAGAUUCUUGUGUGGACUUGGACACUCUUUUGGACAGCAGCUCCUCUUUGGACCAGUACCCUCUGUCAGUGCUCGGGGUGGACUUAAACCUACACUCACAUUCAAGUUUCACAGACUGUUUGGACUUGGAACAACCCAGUGAGUUUUCAGUGAACAACUCUUUGGAUUACAGUUUCGUUUUUAACGAGCAUACGCGGGAACCCCAACAGGAUAUCGCCAACAUGUUCCCUCACAUGAACGACGAGAGAAACCGACGAAGACGGAACUUAUUAUACGAAGCGACUUGCCCUACAACCACAAAACCCAAAAGUCACAAAAGAAAUGACCAUUAUCACCAUCAUCACAACUACAAAUUACCCUCAAAUGAUGAUGAGAAAUAUCUCACUUGCCCCAUAGUGGACUGUCAAAAGAUCUAUGCAAAGUCUUCGCAUCUGAAGGCACAUCUCCGAAGACACUCUGGUGAGAAACCUUUUGUGUGCAAUUGGGCCAAUUGUACCUGGAGAUUUUCGCGAUCAGAUGAACUGGCACGUCAUAAAAGGUCCCACUCAGGCAUAAAACCUUAUAAAUGUGAGUUGUGUGAAAAGGCUUUUGCCCGAUCCGACCAUUUGGCGAAACACAGGAAGGUGCACAAGAAGAGAUUGGCGCAGAGUGGGAGUCACCAUAUCAAAAAGCGAACAAGAUAAUUCUGGUGACAUUGAAUGGUAAAAAAAAUGAGAUUAAAGUGUGACGGCCAGUGUGUCUGGUCGGUGAUGAUAAGGAAAAAUGCUCUUAGGAUAAUAGAGGCAAUAUUAAUUGUAAAUGGUUGAAUUUGUUUUAUAGUAAAACUUAUGGCAUGGAUUUUUUUUUAUAUUUUGAUAAUAAAGUGAAUAAUUAUGGAG